AUGUCGAGGAAGACUGUUGAGGCCAGAUCAUUCUUGCCUCUGUGCAGAAGGCCCUACAGCUCUACCGCUCGCCUUUGCCAGCAUCCCCGCCCUGCCACCGCUCCCAAGCAGCACCCUCACCUCGCCCAGAUCCGAGACAAUGUCGAACUUUACGAACACAAUGCGGUGGUCCGAAACUACCACGGCCACAAGGACAUCCCACGCAAGGUUGCGGAGAAUGUCAGAAAGAUGACAACCCUUGACCACCGCCUGAACGGUCCACGUCACACACUCAAGGAGUUACAAAAGCAGAUGAAUGCUACUGCAGCAGACAAGUCUGAAAUAAUUGCUCAGAUGCGAGAGCUUAGGGCGGGGGUGAGCACUCUGGAGGAUCAGCGUGAAAAGCUGGACGCAGAGACGCGUGCUAUGGCGCUGUCCUUGCCCAAUUUGACCUCCUCCGAGACCCCAACCGAUGGCGAACCGAGACUACGGACAUACAUCAACUACGACCCAGAGAGUCCUCCCAAGUACAGCAACUCGGCAGAUCACUCUGUCAUUGGCGAAAGACUGGGCAUACUCGAUUUCUCAUCUGCUUCCGUAGCAUCUGGAUGGGGCUUUUACUACUUGCUCAAGGAGGCCGCGCUCCUCGAGCAAGCUCUCGUCCAAUAUGCGCUAUCAGUCGCCAUGAAACACGGCUGGUCUGUGGUGGCUCCCCCCUCUCUAGUGUAUUCCCACGUGGCUGUUGCUUGCGGGUUUCAGCCUCGGGAUCAGAAUGACGAGCAGCAAAUCUGGCAGGUGGCACAGCCGGCAAAAGAUGCUGGAAAACCAACCAGGAGCUUGGCUGCGACGGCUGAAAUAUCCCUGGCAGGAAUGCACGCGGGCAAGAGUCUACCGGAGAAUCAGUUGCCUGUGAAGCUGGUUGGUUCUAGUAGAUGCUUCCGUGCCGAAGCCGGUGCCAGAGGAGUGGACACGAAGGGCCUCUAUCGAGUACAUGAGUUUACCAAGGUGGAAAUGUUCGCCUGGACUGACUGUCCCGCACCUACGGGAGGGCUACCGGAAGAGUCAAGCUGGGUGCAGAGUUCUACACAGGUGUUCGAUGAAAUGGUUGGCAUUCAGGUUGAGAUUCUGUCAUCGCUUGGUUUGCCGUGCCGAAUUCUCGAAAUGCCUUCUUCGGAUCUCGGCGCGAGCGCAUACCGCAAGAUCGAUAUCGAGGCGAUGUUCCCGUCGAGGAAGAAGAGAGACGGCGGGUGGGGUGAAGUCACCUCGGCCUCGAUCUGCACGGACUAUCAGAGCCGGAAGCUGGACACCAGGAUCUUGGAGAUGAGCGGGUCGAAAAAGAAAUUCGCCCAUACCGUGAACGGAACGGCCAUGGCGAUACCGAGAGUUCUGGCUGCGGUUCUGGAGAAUGGAUGGCGUGAAGAGGAUGGUUGUGUCAUCAUCCCCGAGGUGUUGAGGGCUUAUAUGGGCGGUAUGGAGAAGAUCGGACCCCGGUGA